UCGUCACCAGAGGCCCCGAAGCAUCGUCCUAUCCAUGGGCACGAGAGCUGCGUGUCUCCCGUCAUGUUAGACAUUGCCCGCCGUCAUCGAUGCAUUGAAUUCUAUCUUGAAGACUGCCAUCUCAAAUAUCGUGACGAAUACGGCAAGCCAUCCUUACCGAGAAGAGUGGGGCAAGCUCGGCGUCCCGGUUCAUGUUCGCAUCCGGCUUCGUACAGCACAAAGUACCUAAUCUUUGGGAUAUUGAUAACUCGACCUGUUCGCCACUCACUUCCAAUAUGUGAUUCCCAACUAGACUUUGUUUGUCUCUUCUUCUCCCCUAAUUUCUAGAGCAGUGUGCCGAUGGGAUUGAAUACACACAGCAUGCCUGCAGAACCCAUGGACGGGUCCACGGGUUUUGAGAGGCCCAAAAGCUACAUCGGCAAUGGCGUCACUCGUAGGAUUGCCAUUGACACCCAUACCUCCGCUCAAGACACAGUCACAACGUCGUGCGAUGCCCUCGCCAACGGCUCCGCGGACGGGUCCGCCAAUGCUUCCCUGGACAUCUCUGAGCUGCGGAAGGCCUUCCCUAAAAGGUACCGCCAUGUCGAGGCCAUCCACUCAACGUCCAAGCCAUCGUGUCUCAGCCAUGAUGCAACUGAGACGCCCAGUUUCUUGGGCUUCCGCAAUCUUAUGGUGAUUGUGCUGGUUGCUGCCAACCUGCGCCUGGUCAUUGAGAACAUCCAGAAGUACGGCGUCCUCAUCUGCAUCAAAUGCCAUGACUUCCGCAGAAGCGACCUGCAGCUGGGCCUGGCCCUCUACCUCCUCAUCCCCUGCCACCUCCUGAUCGCCUACCUCAUUGAGCUCAUCGCCGCCGCCAACGCCCGCGCGUCCCGCUCGACAGCCAAGGAGCGGCACGGCAGCAGCAGCCCUACCCAGGACCAAGCCCGGGAGUUCCUGCGCACCUGGCGCGCCCUCCGCAUCCUGCACGCCAUCAACGUCUCGGCCGCCCUAGCCGUCACCUCAUACGUAGUCUAUCACCACAUCCACCACCCACUAAUCGGGACCCUCGCCGAGGUGCACGCCAUCGUCGUGUGGCUUAAGACGGCCUCGUACGCGCUCACGAACCGCGACCUGCGCCACGCCUACCUGCACCCGGUCCGCGGCGAGCUGGAUGCGCUGCCCGAGCUCUACCACCAGUGCCCCUACCCGCGCAACGUCACCUUCUCGAACUUGGUCUACUUCUGGUGGGCGCCGACGCUCGUCUACCAGCCGGCGUACCCGCGCACCCCCGGGCCUAUCCGCUGGGUGUUUGUGGGCAAGCGGCUCGGCGAGGUCGUGUGCCUGAGCGCGUUCAUAUGGUUCGCCAGCGCGCAGUACGCCGCGCCCGUGCUGCGCAACUCGCUCGACAAGAUCGCCACGCUCGACCUCGUGUCGAUUGUGGAGAGGCUGCUGAAGUUGUCGACUAUCUCGCUGGUGAUUUGGCUGGCGGGUUUCUUUGCCCUGUUCCAGAGCUUUUUGAAUGCCCUGGCGGAGGUUACGAGGUUUGGGGAUAGGGAGUUUUAUGAGGCUUGGUGGAACAGCGAAAGCCUAGGCAUGUAUUGGCGGACGUGGAACAAGCCCGUGUACCAGUUCUUCCGCCGCCACGUCUACUCUCCACUCCGCUCGCGCGGAUGGAGCCACAUGGCGUCGAGCACAACUGUCUUCUUGCUGUCAGCUGUACUACACGAGCUGCUGGUCGGUGUGCCGACACAUAACAUGAUCGGCGUCGCAUUUCUAGGCAUGUUCCUCCAGCUGCCCCUGAUCGUCCUCACCGCCCGGCUCGAAAGGAUGCAGUCGCCAAACGGGAAACUGCUGGGCAACACCAUCUUCUGGGUUUCUUUCACCAUUGUGGGGCAGCCGUUCGCGGCACUCAUAUACUUUUACGCCUGGCAGGCCAAGUACGGCAGCGUCAGCCGCGCGAUGGCGCAGGGGCAUCCGCCUUCCUGUCCUGCUGUCUGACGUGCUUUUCAGGUAUAAGCCGAAGCUUCACACACGCCCAGCGGGAUGGUUUUGGCAGGGAAACGGCGUUACUACUAUACAUAGGAUAGGACUUGUGUAACUGAAGAUCUAACAACUCUCUGGGUAUAUUCCGUUGCAGAAACAAAAGAGUGUGUAUAACACCACCCGGUCAAUGCGAGCAUUUUGAGGAACC